UUUCGGUAUUAUCUGUGCAAAAUAUAUACACUAUACAGUGCCUCAACGUAAACCUCACCUCAUCUAAUACUUCCACAGACUUCACCUUAAUGAAAUGGGGGUUAUCAUCAGACUCUCCUCCCUCAGUCUCACCACCAUCUUCACCACCACCACCGCUGCCUCCACUUCCGCUAGCUUCCGUACUCCGUCGCCGUUAUUCACUCGCCUCCCACUCCGGCGACUCUCCGCCGCCAAAUUAUCCACCGCCGUGGCGACGGAGGAGAUCGAAGAGCGUCGCGAGAAGAAGGCGGGAGUGAUAGCGCCAAGGUCACAGGAUUUCAAUGGCUGGUACCUCGAUGUUAUCGCCAAUGCGGAGCUCGCUGAUUACGGCCCCGUUCGUGGUACUAUGGUUAUUCGGCCUUAUGGUUACGCCAUUUGGGAAGCUAUUCAGGAUUACUUGAAUGUUAAAUUCAAGGAGACUGGACAUAGUAACAUGUACUUUCCACAGUUAAUACCAUACUCAUUCAUUGAGAAGGAGGCUAGUCAUGUUGAGGGUUUUAGUCCUGAAUUAGCCGUUGUGACUAUUGGAGGAGGAAAGGAACUUGAAGAAAAACUCGUGGUUCGGCCUACUAGCGAAACAAUAGUAAACCACAUGUUUACUCAGUGGAUUCAAAGCUAUCGUGAUCUUCCUCUUAUGAUAAAUCAGUGGGUUAAUGUCACAAGAUGGGAGAUGCGUACUAAACCAUUCGUGAGGACUCUCGAAUUUCUAUGGCAGGAGGGACAUACUGCUCAUGCCAGUCCAGAGGAGGCAGAAAAAGAGGCACUACAGAUGAUUGAUAUUUAUACAAAGUUUGCUUAUGAGCAAGCUGCAAUACCUGUAAUUGUAGGUCGCAAAUCCAAAGUUGAAACAUUUGCUGGUGCUGCUAAGACUUAUACAAUUGAAGCUAUGAUGGGUGAUCGUAAGGCUCUGCAAGCUGGAACAAGCCACAAUCUUGGACAGAACUUCUCGCGUGCUUUCGGAACACAGUUUGCUGAUGAAAAUGGACAAAGGGAACAUGUAUGGCAAACAUCAUGGGCCAUAAGCACCCGAUUUGUCGGUGGAAUUAUUAUGACACAUGGAGAUGAUGCUGGUUUAAUGUUACCCCCUAAGCUAGCACCUAUUCAGGUAAUUAUCAUCCCAAUAUGGAAAAAAACUGAUGAGAAGACUGGAGUUCUUGCUGCUGCAUUAUCUGUCAAAGAAUCUCUACACACUGCAGGUAUUAGAGUUAAGAUCGACGACUCAGAUCAAAAAACACCAGGAUGGAAAUUCAACUUUUGGGAAAUGAAGGGAAUCCCUUUGAGAAUUGAAAUUGGUCCACGUGAUGUUUCAAGCGAGAGUGUGGUCAUAUCUAGAAGAGACGUCCCUGGGAAGCAAGGGAAAGUUUUUGGAGUUUCUAUGGAAUCUUCUACAUUAGUGGCUUACAUAAAAGAUAAGUUAGACGAGAUCCAGUUAGCGCUUCUCUCAACAGCAGUAUCCUUCCGAGAUAGUAACAUUGUGGACGUGACCUCCUAUGAUGAGCUUAAAGAAGCUAUCUCGCAGGGUAAAUGGGCAAGAGGUCCAUGGUCGGCUAGUGACGAGGACGAGUUGAAGGUGAAAGAAGAAACAGGUGCAACCAUUAGGUGUUUUCCUUUUGAACAGCCAAAUGAAAAGGGGAACUGUUUGAUGAGUGGAAAUCCAGCAGAUGAAGUUGCUAUAUUUGCAAAAUCUUACUAGUCAACUACUGAACUGGACAUGUGAAAUAAGUUACUUGUCCAAUGCUUCUGCUGCCCCAAAUGCAGUGAUAGAGGACAAAAGGGCUGAGAUCACAAGAGUUACUGCAGAUUGAGGACUCCAAAGCUGUCUCUUAUCUGAUUAUGAGUAAUUGGUGUCAGUGGGAGCAUCAAGGCUAUGAAAUUUUUUAAAUGGAUACAAGUUUUUUUUGGUAAUUUUCAGUGUUUGUAUGUUUUCGAAUAUAAUUUGGGAUUAGUUGAAAGAAAAUUGUUGAUGUAGAUAGGGAUACAUUUUUGAGGAUAGAAAUUUUUAUCCGUUGUAUUCAAUGUUCCACAAACACUUACUUUUGUGUCUGAAUUAUAACUAAUGAUGCCUUUCAAGUUUUAAAA